AAGGAUACAUGUUGCUGCCUUGCGGUGGCGUCAAGGUCAAGGCGCAAAUAUAGCCGCCUAAAGCACCACCUACUCGGUAGGCAUCAACCUGGAAUGACACCUACACGGUGACCGUCCUUCAACUCGAUCCGUUUGAUGGGUAAUAUGACUGUCUUUAAAGCUCGAGAGGCAACGGCCUUGGAAAUACUUCCACUUGAGAUAUUGCAGGAUAUCUUCCUUAGGACACACAACAUCGAUUUCGCGUUAUGCUCGCCAAGAAUCGGAGCACGGCUAUCGAGUAGCUACUGCUACCAUUUAGUCUGCUACAAAUACUUCUACGAAUCGCUUUCAGACUAUGCUUCGAGGCGUUUCUAUGCAUGGGAAAAGAUUGACAUCUCACGGGUGCGAGAUUUGCAAGGCCGACUCAUGAACAUGCGAUGGAUGACACCAACUUUCUUCAAAGGUUUCCUUGACUACAUGGAGACGAUAUCGACAAGUCACUUGCACACCGUCAAAUGCUGCUUAGUCCAUCUCCGUAUCCCUGUCAAAUUCCUUCGUGGCUCUUUGAACAUGGACAGAAUCGAUUUUUUACAAUUCCUAUUAGAUGAGACCCCAUUACGUCUGGACUGGAACUGCACAGAAACCCGGCUCGCACUAUCUUCUGCUAAAAAGAACGCCAUUCUUCAGAGUAAUACUGCAGCUGUCAUGCUGUUCGUCCACGAGAGGCGCCUAGGAAAACCCCCUGAUAUAGACCUCAUUCGAUUCGCCGUGUUGACUGCCGGUUGCGAUCGCACUGUUGUCUUCAUGCUUAUGCAAGCUGCUCGGAGAUGGGGAUUGCGGGUAUGGCAGGACGAGGCAAUUGAUGAAUGGGUCAGGCAAGCAAAGAUCGAUUGUAAUCCGAAAGGGGCCUGGUUAGAGCUAAAAUUGCUGGAAUUGAGAGGCCCGGGUGGGUUUCCGGACCCGCAUACGGGGAGUUACAGCCUCCCGGGAGACGAGCUGUUUAUACCAGACACUGAUAUAGUUCUGAAGUCGAAGACAAAUCGAUUUGCGUACAGCGAAGCAGCGUCCUGAACCAUGCUGAUCAGAGACGACCCAAGUGGGAAAGGUCACUACGGACAUCAAUUUGAUCGAAAUGUUUAUCACUCGUGAGGAAAAACAAUUUUAGCAUACAUCGUGGAACUGCCGAGUGUUACUAGAUACUCGAAUGAUAUGAUUUAGGCCUCGACCAGCUCGUGAACCUCUUCAUGAAGAGUAAUACAUGCCUAUCAUAAUACAUUACAGAGGCCUCUUAUGUUUUGCUUCUAGGUCGCCCUUCAACGUUAGGAUUACGCGUUACAUGGAAAGU